GGCAUUAUAAGCAGAUACUUAUUACACAAAGAAAAUAUUGGAACAGAAGAACAGCAAUACGUCGUCUGGAAAAUGCGGGGAAGGAAAAUUCAGGAAGAAUGACGCAAAACAGUAUGACGAAGAGCCGUUGGAGAGGUGGAGCUGUCGAGGCACAAGGGACACGUCAGGCCGAGAUGUUUACUGCUGUGUUCUGAUUGUGGGCCGCAUCCUUCCUGUGAAUUACUGAACCCUGCAGUAAGUGGUGCCUUGAUCUGUGAAGUGUUGGACUACGCCAUGGAUGACAAGUAUUGGUGUACAUGUUGCUGUGGUGCCCUUUUGGUGCAAGAUAAAACGUUCAGUCUGAUGCUUAGCUAUUUCAGGAAACUUUACCACAGGAUAGAGUAAAGUUUCCCAAAGUUAUAGAUCCUCGUGAACAUUUUCUUAAAUAGAGUGAAGACAAGUAAGAGCAAUAUCUCAACCGCUCCACCGUAAUUGCAGGCAGUAUUGAAAUUAGUACAGGAAUUGUACGCCAAAGAAGAGAGAAUGGGUGACGUGGGCCAGUGGUUCAGCAGCCUGCCCCCAAUGACCAAAUACUGGUUUGGGGGCACUCUUUCAUUUUCUCUCAUUGGUCGUUUUGGCCUCAUCAGUGGGAAAUGGCUUACCCUUCAGUAUAGCCCUCUAUUCCACAGUUUUCAACUCUGGAGGCCAUUCACAUCAUUAUUCUUCUAUCCAAUAACUCCUAAUACUGGACUUCAUUUCUUAAUUAUGAUUUAUGCCCUGUACAAGUAUUCAUUAAAGCUUGAAACAGGACACUUUGCGAGGAACCCAGCAGAUUAUCUCUUCAUGCUUUUGUUCACCUGGAUGUGCUGUCUCAUCUUGGGACUGAUUGGAGGAAUGACAACUCUGAUGGACCCCAUGGUGAUGUCUGUACUUUAUGUAUGGUGUCAACUAAACAAGGAUGUCAUCAUCAGCUUCUGGUUUGGCUUUAGAUUUAAAGCCAUGUAUCUACCAUAUGUAUUGGUUGUUUUCAAUUUCACCUUCUUUUAUGGAGGAUUCAUGAUGUUGUUGGGAAUCAUAGUUGGCCAUCUGUACUAUUUCCUCACCAUCAGAUACCCACAAGAUUUUGGUGGAGCAACCUUACUGCAUACUCCUGAGAUACUGUACAAGUUAUUCCCAGACCAACAAGGUGUGUCAGGUUUUGGCCAGGCCCCCACAGCUCCUCGACCAGCAGCAGGUGGGGCCACUGGUGGAUGGGGUGGAGGUCAAAGGGGCAUAUUCCGAGGCCAAGGACACACCCUAAAUUAGAUUUGUUCUGCUUGUAUUUAGGUGUACUUUGAUUGCACUUUGUGUUGUUGUUAAGUUGAAAUGUGUAAUAUUACUCAAAUAUGUGAAAUGUUGCAAUAGAUCUUGAAAAUCAUCUUAUAAAAUUCUUUAUCUCAGGAGCAUUUUUUUCAGUGGAAAAUUGCAUACUGUGUGAGGACAAAAUACUGAUUGUAUGAUUUUGAAAUAAAACUGAAGAAGUCCUAAAAAAAAGGUUAUAUUGUAUUCUCUUUGUAUAUAAGGGAGAAUGGCGGAGGACUACAAAGACUGAAAAAAGCCUGUAUUGUCAAUCCCUAAGUAUUUAAAAAGGGUUCUGAAUUUGUAAAGUACCUGAUUUCAUAACCUUUAUGCAUGAAGUAGAAGUAACUGCAUUUUUUACAUUUAAAGGAAUACUUGUUUCAUAUAAUAAAGUUCUUACCAUUACUUUGAACUUAGUUACCAAACAAUACAACAGUUACCAAACAAUACAACUACUGCCCAAGUGUCACUUAUCCAGCCUGAGUAAAGAAAAGCUGCAUAAUUAGGGGAGAUACUGGAGUGUACAUCACUGACCACUUUUGUGUAAAUGUGUGUGAAUUGUUAACUUAGUACAUGUAGUGAUCAUCCUGGAUGUGAAUUUUGAACUGAGUAAAGGCAGAAUAAGGCUUUGUCUUUGUAUGAUGAGCCAUAAAUAUGCUUACUGCUUUUUGGCUAAAGAAUAACAAUUUUUACUUUGAUUACUUGUGAACUUUCUUUUUAAUGAUAAGGAUGGUCUUUCCUAUCAACAGAUUCUUUAAAAUUAGGAUGAGCCCUCUCUCUCCCUUCAACUUAUUACUGAUUCACUGCUGAGAUGUCCUGAGGUUAUGGUAAAUUUCAUACCUAAUUAAUGACAUGCAUAACCCAACCCACCAUCUGAUCAUUUCUUAUUAUUUACUAAAGACAAGGCACAAACUUUUACAUCCACACCACUCUCUUACUGUCCAAACUGUCAGAUAACAAUGAUAAAGCAGCAUGUAUAGUACUCAGUGUUGGGGUGGGAUACCUGUUAAACGUGAAUGUAGAAAGCAAACACCACACACUGCUAUGAAAAAUCUAGGACAUCAUUCCUCACUCUGACUGAGUAAUAAUACUUCUUUACAAUUAACAGACUUUAAUAUGCCAUAAGUGAAGCUCAUAUCCCUCACACACACACACACACACACACACACACACA